AUGCGCCGACCGCCCGAUAAAGAGGGCAAUUCUGCCAUGACCGAACGAGAUGUUGUCUCCUCUAAUGCCACAUUAAACGCCUUUUUGGGCGGGUCUCGACAAAAAUCUUGGAUGAUCGCAGGAGGGGCACCAGUUCGACCGACUCCACGACGUCCUAGCAUCACUAAACCGUCAGAUCAGAGCAAUGCGAACAAUCCUCAAAGAACUUCGACCACUACUUUACUUUCGCCAGUAACAAGCAACGAAUCAUCGAGUCCCGAACUGGUGCAAAAUUCUGUCCCUCUUCAAAACACACACACCGCUUCCUUCUCCGGCACGCAUGGUUCUUCGAGAGUGAAUGCCACAAUUGCAACAAGUCAAGCGCUGCAAGAAGCAUGUAUUACACCUUCAAAUCCCGAUAUUGCCCAGCCACGAGUUCUCCCUGAUGCAGCGAGAGGCGACCCCGACGAAUCUUGCACAGUGACAAUAUCUGCAAGGCCUCCUUUGUCGGAAGAAAUUUCCCAACUGCAGAGCUCAGCCGACAUCACUUCGACUGGAAACUCAUCCCGGGAUUCACUGCCCAAGUCCUCUUCAGACCCAAAUAUAAACAGUCGGGUACCAUCUGUUAUCAAAAGGAAUUCAGAAAUAUUACCAGCCGUCCAGGGUCAAGGGGAUCACACAAUGCUUUCUUCUCAUGCACAGCGUCCUCAACGGCAACCGUCAUGUCGCGCUACCAUGCCUUCUUUGAAGCCCCGUGCUGAAAUGGUAAAGAGGUAUAUUGAACGAUAUGGGGGUAUGGCCAGCCUAAAUUCUGCGCUUGAAAAGCCAAGAUUCAGUUUGAUGGAAACUGCCUGCAAGUCUGAUGAUGCCCAUUAUGUUGCAACACAUCAGCUGUUUUGUGUGUGGGAUACAAGCCGUAAAGAUAUUACAGGCAUAACUGAGCUUCCAGACUCAAUGACUUUAACUCAUGCGUUUCGGAUACUUGGUCAGCUGAUACGAGAUAAUGAAGGCAUGGCACCAAACCACCUUCGAUGGUUCGCUAAUUUUCCAAGUCCAUUUGCUGAUUUGAUGAAAAAUUCCGAGCCAUAUAGACGAAUCGUUCAAGAAGUCGGCACAUUUCUGUCAAAGUUGGUUUCUAAUUGGUCGGAACUAACGAGGAUAUGUACUAGCAGAGGUCACCCGCCGCUAGUCGAUGAAUUGAUUAAUGAAUUAGGGCUGUUAUCACCGACUUUACAGAAUAUUGUAUUCACUGCGACUAGGCGCAAUCUCAAUAUUGUGGAUGAUGAAUAUGGUAAUGAAAUGGAAAGAGUGUUUGAACAAGAUAGGGCCGGACAUAGAGAACUUACUGCUCGAUAUAAUACUUCUCGACCACCUUCGGAAAAGGAGAUUCAAGAGAGAACUAAAACCAUAGUACAAAAGCAUUUGAUGAUAUCAUUGAAAGCGCGCCAGAAGAUGAUGACAAACGUUGCUCCGCAACCUUCAACAGCAGCACCAGCGACUCUCUCGAGCAUCGGCCCAACUUCAAGGAUUUCAAAUGCUUCAUACCCUCAUCUAAUGGGAUCGAGUUUCAAUUCCAAUCAGAAUCUUCCUCAGCAAAAUCAUGCUCAGAAUCGUCAAACUGGUCAAACUCCAAGUCAAAUACGAACCUCGUCCACUAGACCUUCAUCACCUUUAAUGAUGGCAAGUGCGACCGGCAGUCAUCAAAGUAUUACACCACGUACAAGUGUAGAUACACCUGGUGCAAUUCCCAUACAAGCCUUAUCUAUGGGGUCGCCAGUCCAACAAGGAUUUCAGUAUUCGUCACCUAUCAUGCGUGGUAAUGGCUCUCAAUUCCCGCCAUCGGUUUUGCAGAGUAAUGGUUCUCAAUCACCAAUCACAGGACAAACUCGGGGACUUCCUCAAGGCCAAUAUAGUUUUGACCCAAGAUUCGACAUUAGACAACAACAACAUUAUCCACAACCAUAUAUGCAACAGGCGAAUGUCCCAGCACAGUAUGGCCCAAACAAUACCCAACAAAUGAGUUCUCAACAGCUGCAACAAAUUCAACUGCAUCAGCAGCAUCUACAACAUCAGCAAUAUUGGCUACAGCAUCAGAUGUCUCAACAGCAGCAAGCCCAACAUCAAGCUUUAGCACUGCAGCGUCAAGCUCAUCCGAGAAGAGAUAGCCAUCCAAUCAAUGGUCAGCAACAACAGCAGCAAGUUUUAUCAAGAAAUGCUAGCAGAAAUAGUACCAGAAAUAAUAGCGUUUCCGGCGAGCAUAUGUCUCCGUUGGUGAGUGGUCAUAUUUAUGUUCGAAAUAAUUCUCAAGGGAACCAAGGUCCUCCGCACCCAAGGCCGAUGACCAUUGAAGAGCAAGAGUGCAUACAAGACAGCAACAUGCCUGAUCCUAUGAAAAGAUCUUUCAUUCCUCCCCUUGGUUUUAUACAUCCCCAAGGAAUUCCAGAUCCAGAUAUGAAAGCUCUUCAUCAAGCAAAUCUUCGCAGUCCUCGUCUUGUUACUAUCGAUACACCUAACCUUGGGUGUGAUGGCGUCUCUCGCAGGUAUUAUCAAUUUGUGAAAGACUUUCCUAUGGCUCCAACGAAGAUCCCCUUCGAAUCCUCACUCAACAGAUUGGAGUUUCAGAUUUCUGCCGACGUAUUGACGCGUAUUUCUUGUGAUAAAUUUGUUGCCAAAGACUGUCUAAUGGUUCGAGAAGUCAAAUCGCGGUCUCUUCAAUUUCGACUGAGAUGUGUAUCAGCUGUCGCAGAUGCAAAUGAAAUCCCAGUUUCGAGAUGGGUUGUUUCGGAUACGGUGUGGCCCGAAAUGAUCUUCAUGGAUAUCAAUAGCCACGAGUUAGAGGCUAGACGCAAAUGGCACCAUGGGAGAGAUCUUCCAAUCGAUAUCACGCCUUAUGUAAAUCCUGGAACCAACGAGAUUACAAUAUCGAUGCCCAAGUUACCUACAACAACUAAAGAAAAGGAAUAUUUUCUGGCUGUGGAAGAGAUUGAGAUUUUACAGCACAAUGAAAUUAUGGACAGGUGUAAAGAACAAAGCAUUCCUGCAGCAACGGUCGUUGAAGAGAUUAAAAAGAAGCUUGCGGGCCCGACGGAGGAUGACGAUGAGCUUUCGAUAGUAGUCACUGAUCUUUCCAUUGGUCUUACCGAUCCUUUUACCUCGACAAUCUUUGAAAUUCCCGUUCGCGGUAAGAAUUGUUUGCAUCGGGAAUGUUUUGAUCUCGCGACCUUCCUAUCGACACGCCCAAGCAAGCCGAAACGACCGGAUCAACCUUGUAUGGUUGACGUUUGGAAGUGCCCGCUGUGCUCUGAGGAUGCACGUCCAUACAGCCUCCGGUACGAUGAAUUCCUAGCUUCUGUGAGAGACAAACUACAGGAACAAGAUAAGCUUGACGUGAAAACCAUUCUAGUCGCGGCGGAUGGUACUUGGCGUCCAAAGAUGGAGUCGCAACCUUCACAUAAACGAAAGUCUACCACUGAUGACGAUGACGACGAUUUGAUAGAUGAAAAAAGGCCAAGGAAGAAAUCAACAAAUGACGUUAAGCAUGCCGAGGUAGAGAUAAUUGAAUUGGACGAUGAUUAA